UAUUAGUGGACUCAAUGGCGGCUAUAGUCUAAACGAGUGUCGAUUUAUUGGAUCAAGUUUAUUUAUGGUUAAUGUUUAAUGAGUGUAUUGUAUUAGUGUUUAAGUUACGGACUGCACGUUGUUAAUUAAUUAUAGAUUAUGUACUAAUUGAGCUCAACAAGCAGGAUUAAACAAUGAACUCAAAGCAGUCUUCCGAGGUCCCAGACCAGUUAUUUGACAAUAUUUAUGAUUUAUUAGAAGUGGAGGGCAAGGGUCCAUACAGCGUUGUUCGAAGAUGUCUUCACAAAUAUACAGGACAGCAGUUCGCUGUCAAAAUGGUGGACGUGGCCAAAUUUACUUCCAGUCCAGGUCUAAGUACAGAAGAUUUAAAGAGAGAAGCCUCUAUAUGUCAUCUGUUAAAACAUUGUCAUAUCGUGGAACUGCUAGAAACGUAUAGCUCUGAUGGGAUGUUAUAUAUGGUAUUUGAAUACAUGGACGGUGCCGAUCUUUGUUUUGAGAUAGUAAAAAGAGCUGUAGAUGGUUUUGUUUAUAGUGAAGCUGUAGCCAGUCAUUAUAUUCGCCAAAUCCUUGAGGCCUUACACUACUGUCAUGCAAACAAUAUCGUUCAUCGUGACCUUAAACCUCAUUGUGUUCUUCUUGCUUCCAAAGAAAACUCGGCCCCAGUUAAACUGGGCGGGUUUGGUGUUGCCAUGCAACUUCCAGAAGAUGGUAAAAUCUCCGGAGACACUCUGCCAUCUCAAGAUUUUGAACCUAUGUAUUAUGUUAAAGAAGAAAUGAUUGGUCGUGUUGGUACGCCCCAGUAUAUGGCUCCGGAGGUGAUAAAACGUGAACCAUAUGGUAAAGCUGUAGAUAUGUGGGGCUGUGGGGUUUUAUCCUUUAUACUGCUGUCUGGUUAUCCACCAUUCUGUGGAACCAAACAAAGAUUAUAUGAUUUAAUUGUAAAAGGCAGCUAUUUUAUGCGACCGAAACAAUGGAAUAGUUUAUCAACAUUAGCCAAAGAUUUAAUAAAUAGAAUGUUAGAAUUAGACCCUGAGAAGCGUAUCACAGUUGAAGAGGCUCUCGAACAUCCCUGGAUUAAGGAUAAAAGAAACAUACCAAAAGUACAUUUACAUGAAACUGUUGAAGAACUGAAAAAAUUUAAUGCCAGAAGAAAACUUAAAGGUGCUAUAAUGGCAGCAGUCUCCAGUUCCAAAUGGACGUCAUUUUAUAAUGAUCCCCCACCCCCAGAUAUAGAAGGGGAUGAUGUUACAUCUGCUGGAGCUGUGUCCCAGGUACUCGAUUCUUUAGAAGAGAUACAAUGUCUAGCUGAUAGUACAGAGGACGAAAAAGAAUUUGUAGAAAGUGUUUUACAAGAUACCAAGCUCCAUUCGUUACUAAAUUUAUAUGACAAAAUCAACACCAAAUCGCUCAGUCCAUCACGAAAACCUCCAUCAGAAGCUGUCCAUAGAGCAAAAGAGGUUUUACGUCUGGUGAAAGAAUGUCCUGAUAACUAUGCAACACAGUGUGAUGAGUUGAAACAACUACUACACCAACCACAUAUGAUGGCUCUACUACAGACCCACGAUGUGGUUGGUCAUGAGAUUUAUGGGGAAGAUGCUGUUCGUAUUACGCCCCCUCCAAGUCAGACAUUUUUAAACGGAGAAACAGAGACCAACGGCCAUAGUUACGAAAUGGAGACGGGGGAUAAUAUUACCAGAGUUAGACUGGUACAGUUCAUGAAAAAUACAGAUGAACCAAUGGGAAUUACGUUAAAGGUUAAUGAUGAGGGUCGAUGUUUUGUGGCCAGAAUUAUGCACGGUGGAAUGAUCCAUAGACAAGGCACGUUACAUGUAGGUGAUGAGAUCAAGGACAUUAAUGGAGUUAGUGUGUAUAAUCAACCUGUAGAAACGCUACAAAAAAUGCUGAAAAAUCUACGUGGUCAGGUCACGUUUAAAGUUUCUCCGUCAGUAGCAGGAGCGUUUAAAUUGGACAGUAAUCCAGCUCAUAAAGAGAUAUUUGUACGAGCAUUAUUUGAAUACGACCCACGAGAUGAUGACCUUAUUCCAUGUUCGCAGGCAGGAAUUCCGUUUAAAGUUGGGGAAAUAUUACGUGUUAUUAGUAAAGAUGAUUCUAAUUGGUGGCAGGCGAGGAAGUGGGACAGUUUAUCUACAGAACCUGCUGGUCUUAUUCCAUCACCAGAAUUACAGGAAUGGAGAACGGCGUGUGCUGCCAUAGAACGAGCACGAAGAGAACAUGCAGUCCAUUGUUCGUGGUUUGGUAGAAAGAAGAAAGACAAAUACUUGGCCAAACAUAAUGCAGUCUUUGAUCAACUUGAUCUUGUUACAUAUGAGGAAGUUGCUCGAUUGCCUGUUUUUAUGAGAAAAACUCUGGUUUUACUGGGUGCUCAUGGUGUAGGAAGACGUCAUAUAAAAAACACUCUUAUAACCAGUCAACCAGACCGAUUUGCCUACCCCAUUCCACAUACAACGAGACCUCCGAGAGAAAAUGAAGAAGAUGGCAAAAAUUAUUUCUUCGUAUCUCAUGAACAGAUGAUGAAAGAUAUCGCUAAUAAUGAAUACCUGGAAUAUGGUACUCACGAAGAUGCAAUGUACGGAACCAAGUUAAAAACAAUAAAACAAAUCCAUGUACGAAAUCUAAUGGCCAUAUUAGACGUCGAGCCACAGGCACUAAAAAUACUUCGGGCGGCUGAUUACGCACCGUUUGUUGUUUUCAUUGCGGCACCUCGAGUCAGUGAUUUGAAAGAUAUGAAACAUGUCAAUGAUGGCAGUUUGGAACGAUUAGCCAGGGAAAGUGAACUUUUGGAGAAGGCAUACGGACAUUACUUUGAUUAUAAAAUUGUGAAUAACGAUAUCGACGAAACCAUAAGAACUUUAGAAAAAGCCAUUGAUGAAGUCUGUACGACUCCACAGUGGGUACCCGUUAGUUGGGUCUAUUAAUAAACCGUAACCAUGGAAAUCAUACAUCUCAUCAACGAUGCCUUAUAUGGAAACAUUGCUGAUUUAUUAUUUCUGUAUCCAUAGUGAUUUGAAUAUGACUGAACAUCGUGUAUAUCCUUUAUUCUGGGAAUAUUGAUGAAGUUUAUAUCAAUUAAUGUUCCUAGAUCUCGACAGCUCUUGACAUUUCAACAAAUUGGUUUAGGCAGGAUUAUAUACAAAGGUAUAUUUGUUUAAUGUUUUAUGCUUUUGAGAUGAAUCGACUAAAAUCAUAAUGGGUAAAAAUAAUAAAAAUUAAAAAAAUUAAAGCCAAUAUUUGGUUUUUCCUGCAACCCCUAUUAGUCUUAAUAUUCCCCUUAUUACUGUGAAAGAUUUUGCAAAUAUUUUUGUCAAUUGAAUAGUUCAGUCUGAUUAAAAUACAGAUCUAUAUUUUGUUUCGUUUUUUUAUACUUUCGAUGGCCUACACUACAUGAAGAUCUGACCAGUUGUACUGCAAGGUCGCGUCAGGGGUCUUAUGAGCGGCUUUUGACCCUAUGACGUCAAACAUUGAUUAAUCAAUCAGCAUUGACGUUUCUUGUGGUUUAUCCACAGUUCUGUGUAUGGCACGACAAGAAGACGCCGUAACAGAUGGUUUUAUUGGGUAAUCCCUCAGGCCAUCCAGAACACCUGUUAUAUAACAACUGUUCCAGAUCCUAGUGUAGUAAAGACAAGGAAAAAACGAAAUUUUGAACUAUAAAAAAAGAAAUGAAAUAGGAUCUGUGUUUUAAUCAGAUUGGAUAAUAGUUAUAAACUAUUGGAGACACAAGAGUUGUAUUGUAUUAUUAUCAUAUUUUAUAAUAUUGUUAAAACAUUGUAUUUACAUUUUAUUCUUUUUAAUCUUUUAUUUCUGAGCUUGGUGGCUUAAUACAAAUAACGUAAUGUAUAAAUAUACAGUGCAGGCAUGGUCUUAACGGUUUUACCGGCACUUGUGUACAGCUACUUGGGGAACGAUAAUCCAAUUAAAGUGUAUAUAUAAGUCGAGUAAGCAUUGAGCCAAAAACUAUUGAACAGAUUCGGUAAAACAAUAACAUAAUUAAACUUGGUAAACUAGUUGGGUAAGCAAUAAUCCAAGUAAACUGGGUAAACCGACGGGAGGAAACAUUAACCUACCAAAUUAAACUUGGUAAACCAGUUCUGUGAGAAAUAACCCAAGUCCACUAGGUAAUCAAUAACCCAAGUCCACUGGGUAAUGGGUAAUCAAUAACCCGAGUCCACUGGGUAAUCAAUAACCCGAGUCCACUGGGUAAUCAAUAACCCAAGUCCACUGGGUAAUCAAUAACCCGAGUCCACUGGGUAAUCAAUAACCCAAUUCCACUGGGUAAUCAAUAACUCAAUUACACCAAGUAGACCAAUCGGUAAGCAAUAAGCCAUGUACACUGUUGGAUAAUGAAAAAGACAAAUACACUGUGUAAACCAGUUUGAUAAGCAACAACCCAGGUACAAUGGGUAAACUGUCUUGGACAAUAACCCAGGCAUAAACUAACUGGGUAAAUAUUAACCCAAUUAAUUACCAAGUAGACCAUUUAGAUAAAUAAACUCAGUAGAUUGAUCGAGUAAAAUGUUUCAACAAUAACCCCAAUAAUGGAGUAUCUGGGAUAAACUUACCAAUUAACACGAAGACAGGGUCUAUUUUAACGUACAUACAGGCACGAACCUGCCUCUGGAUAAAAAAUCUGUGCUUUGAAAAUCUGAAAUCUGUGCUUUGAAAAUAUGUUAUGUAGACUUGUGAAUCUGACAAGAUUGUAUGGGGAAGCUUAGCUGUCAUUAUGAUCAUCGACCACUUUCGAUUUGUUUCAAAAGUUUUGUAAUGUUGAUGUAUUCCUACUACCACCACCUAAAGCACGAAAAUUACAUAGCAGGUGCAGGAGACAGUAAAGGUUCGUUUUUUUCUUUUGGAUCGACGUUGGACGGUUAUAAAUAUAAAUAUAUGUUAAUUCUCUUAUAUUUUGGUUAUAAAAGUGUAAGCAUGAUAUCGUGUUUUUGGAAGUCAAAUUCUGGAAAUUUUCACGGAACUCCAAAACGCCAGAAACCAUGCUUCGAUUUCUUUCAAAAGUUUUGUAUUGUUGAUAUAUUCCUACCAACACCUAAAUCACGAAAAUUACAUAGCAGAACAUCGUCAGGUGCAGGAGACAGUAAAGGUUCGUUUUCGCCAAUAAAACCUUAAAAUAGGCCCAGCACAAAGAUAAAUUAAAAUGGGAUACAUAUAUAUUAUCUGAUGAGGGUUAUUGGUUACACAAAUAAACUUGCAAAUAAUUCUAAUAAUAAUCUGAGUAAACCCAGGCAAACAUUUAAAGAUACAUUAUGGGAGAUUAGAUAAAGAGGGGGGGGGGGCUGAAUGGUUAGCACGUGCGUGUUGCACCAUAAAGUCUGUCAUUGAGUUAACUGGCGUGGUUUCGAAUCCCUGGUUGUACGUGGCAAGGAGUAGGGUCGCCUGUCCAACCUCGUGGGUUUUCUCCGGGUCCUCCGGUUUCCUCCCACUGCUAAAGACCCCUACGCGCAAGCGUAUUAUUGAAAUAAAAUUAAACCAUGUGUUAGUCCCGAAAUGACCUAGUUUGUGUCGAGUGGACGUUAAACCCCAUUUCUCUCUCUCUAGAUAGAUAGAGAGCUGGCAGUUCUCACUAUAAUAGUUAAAAACUACAUAAUGUAAAGGGAACUUGCUGAAAAUUUCAGUCAAAUUGAUCCACUGUGAACCGAGAAUUUAGCGAUUGAAUUUUCGGCCUAGCUUCGAUCAUCAUUAGUAAAGUUGGUACGAUAAAAAAACAUAGUCUUGAUUAUCCAUUUCAUGAUUAAAUCAUGAAUGGAAGUUGAGCAGCAAAUCGGAUCCUAAUCCAACAAAUAUCGCAGGCUAACAAUGACAUCGAGAGUUGAUUAUGGUCUGGAUCAGUUAAUUAAUGUCUCAUAAUUUAGAUAACAUUUUAGGCCUAAAGAAAAACCUGAAAUAGGCAGAUUUAGCUCUUGAAUAAUGUAUGUUUAAAUGUUUAUCAGACCCGGUUUUACAGUUUUAGAUCUACAUUGCCAGGGAAAUACUUACCUGUUAUAAAUUUACAUAAAAUUACUUUACAACCAUCUACCAACAAUGUGCAAACAAAUUAAACUGAGAAAAAAAUGGUCAUAUUUCCGCUUUAAAUUCAACUCUUGCUAUCAUACUUGACAUAUUGUCAAUGGAGAUCAUUAUUUUGUGUUAUCUAUAGCAUUUACAUGGAUUCUCGAAUAAUACGAUUUGGUUGUUUUGUUUUAAUAUUGUGUACAAAUAUAUAAUAUUAUUAUAAAUUGUUUUAUUGCCUGUAAAUGGUGGCAGUAUUAAGUUGAUUGUAAAGAAUAGUUUAGUUUUUAUAUAUAUAUAUAUAUACCGGUAUUUAGUCACAUAUUCAACACAACACUGGAAAGGGUGGCAAACUUAUCUCCCCUUACGAUAGCCAUUUAUUUAAAUUAUAUAGAUUUUGGGUUUCUUGUAAUCCAGUUUUCUAUUAUUUACUUACUAGUGAUUAAUGGGGGUAUUAUACAGCUAAAUAUGUUUUUCUUCCCUGAGUUUCCAUAUCCAUUAUAAACAAUAUAGUGGUCAUAUAGGGGGAGGUAACUCUUAUUACUUAAAGUUGUUGAACAGAUGAUUUUAAUUGAAAUGUGUUAAACCUCUGUUUCAAACUUGCAUUAAAGAAAUAGGGAUAUUUGCUAAACUUAUUAUAGUCACAAAAUUAGUAAAGUUUAGGGGCAUGGGGCUCACUCAUUACCUAAGGCAUCUGCCGCGAUAAUUUUAGUGUUCACAGGAACAAGAUCUAGAUUUUCAUGUAGUCUUGGUAGAUUAAUAAACAUAACAAUAUUUUUCUAUGAAAAGCCUAAGCUAAAGUAAUGCACUAUCAUAAAUCUAGCUAUAGCUUUUUGGAAAUAUUGCUUAGCUAGACAUUAUUAAUAGAUCGGAAUUAAGAGAUUGGGAUGUUAAAGGACAAUAACACAGAGAUCAUUGCUACGAUAGCUGCGUUAUUUGGCAUUCAAGAAAUGAAAGUGACGAAAGCCAAAAGGAAAACACAAGUUAUCCUUAAAAUUAUAUUUGGAACGUGUUUAACCAGUUCUAUCACUUAUGUGAUAAUGACUGACACCAAUAUUGUCCUUUAAUGUGACUGCAAUUACCAGAUUGGGAUGUUAAUGUGACUACAAUUACCAGACUUAUUUCUAACACAUAAUUGAAAGCAAGUAUAUAACAUAACAGAAGAGCUUGAAAUACAAUAAUAUUUUUUAUCAUUAAUGUUAUCCAAUUUUUAUUUCUUAUGUAUUCAUUUUUAUUUUGAAUUCAUUUCAUUGUACAUCAUCUUCUUAAACCAAAUAUAGACAGGAACUUACAUUGGAAAUAUGUUACAAAUUAUAGACUAUAAUGAAACAAUUUAGGAAUAUUGCAUUUUUUUUGGCUAGGAGGUUAAACUCUUAAGCCUUGGGCCAAUGAAAAGGUAUAUCUAAAAAAUACAUGUAAUAAAGCUUAUUAGAUUUAAUAAAAUGUGAUGCAGCAUUUAUUACUGGCUAAAUACACUCAAUCUGAUUAAAACACAGAUCCUACUUCGUUUCGUUUUUAUAGUUCAAAAUUUCAUUUUACUUGUAUUUACUACACUAGGAUCUGGAAGAGUUGUUAUCAUUGAUGUGUUCUGGAUGAUGUGAGGGUUUAACCAAUGAAACAAGCUUUUGGUGUGUGGUGCAUGGAAGUGUGGGUAAUCCACUAGUUGAUCAAAUGUUUGAUGUCAUAGGGUCAAAAGCCGCUCGGAUGACCUCUGACGCGACCUAUCACUACAACUGGUCAGAUCUUCAUGUAGUGUAGGCCAUGAAAGUAUAAAAAAACGAAACGAAAUAUAGAUAUGUAUUUUAAUUAGAUUGAAUGAUACUUUUAUGGUAAUUAAUGUUUAAUAUCACUUUAGUUUUCUAAAAAUAUAAAAACAUCCUUCCAGCUUUCAUUAAAACGUGGUAGCUACAUAAAUGUUGUUUAAACAUAUGAUAAUAAUAUUGAUUUCAACUGUAUUGAAUUCAUGGGAUAUCGAACAAUUGCUUAUGUUAAUCGACUUCCCAGUCAAUAAUAUUGGUAAUAAUAUCUAUGUAUUAAUUAAUAAGUAUAUUUAUAUUAUAGCCAGAUAUUAAAUCAUUUGACGUUAUUAUUGUCAAGCCUUUAUAGCUUAUAGGUCAAUAUUUCCAAGCAACAUAUAAUAUUAGAAAUUUCAUGAGGCAAAGAAAGGUAUCAUUUUUAUUUCGGCUUGCAGUCCUUUGUUUUUAUUGAGCUGGAUACGCAAUGUCAGUUGCUUCAGUAUACCAAGGGUCCGAUUCUUGUACAAAUUGAGCGUUUCCUGUCUGAAGAAUUAAAAUUAAGAAUUGUUCUUUUAAAUUGGGAAUAGGUGUACUUUUUUGAGAAUUUGCGUAUUGCAUUAUUAGACGUUUGAGCAAACAAUUACAUAUGCAUGUCCUUUAUAUGUAAAAUUUAGGUUGUGUAUUUGCGUAUUUGUGUUGACCCGGUUGAACUAGGGAAAAUUAUGCGAAUCUUGUAGUAACGAACGGUGUAUGUGUUUGUAUGUCGUGUGAAAUUAAAUGGACAUUAAUUGAGCACACCACUCAUUAGAUUUACAGUCGUCCUUUCUUCAUUUAGGUCGUAUGCUUGUAGUUUGUGUCGGACCCAUUGAACUACGCAAGAAUUAUACGAAUCGGGUGCCACCUGCAUAGACUAUUAUCAUCAAUGGACUGAUUUAAGUGUGUAUGUAGCCCCUGUUAAUUAUCUUGGCAUCUUAAAUUACGUUAAUCCAAAUCCCCAUUUUAAAUCUGCUAUGGGGAUGCGCUUUUUUUCGGUCACAGAUUAAAUAGCAACAGUAUAUAAACCACCGACGUCUUCUAAAUACAGUUCGCCCAGCUAGACCACACUUAUGGACAACUAAAUAUUUCUUGAUUAACCGACUGGCUAGACCACACUAAUGGACAACUAAAUAUUUCUUGAUUAACCGACGUCUUGAUUAACUGUCGUAAGAGCAUUUUGCAUCUGUAUUCUUCCCAAAUUAUACUGUUAACUGUCGUGUUACAUCAAACCAUACGUUCAAUUAAAUGCCAGAUUUCAGCUAAAAUUUAAAAUAAAUCUUGAAGCAGUAAACUGCCAUUUGUUUAGGAAUCGGACUCAAGCUGUUAAUGACGAAUAUAUUUUUUCGUGGAUUUUCCAGCUAAAUAAACAGAACUGCUAUAGCUGUUGAAAUGAAUUUGUUGUGAAUCAGGAUACAAUGUUCUGGUAAAUAUACAUAUUAUAUCCAUAUGUUAAUAUAUAAUAAUUGAUUAAAGUCAUUGUGAUGUUUUUUCUCAUCUGGACCAAAAUCUAGUACAAUAAAUAAUGAAAUAAAUAAUUGUUGAUUACAUUA